ACACACCUUCUGCUUCAUUGUCUUCAUCUUUUAUUUAUUUAUUACAAUUCAUUCUUCUCCACUUUUACUAUUAACUUUCUUUCUGCAUAACUGCCUUCUCUGAUCACAAUCUCAAAGAAGCUGCAAUGUCAGUGUUGGUUAUAUUCUUGUCCCUUUUUCUUCUUGGUUUUGUCCAGUCAGACCCUCAAGUUCCAUGUUACUUUAUCUUCGGUGAUUCUCUUGUCGACAAUGGUAACAACAAUGACAUCGCAUCGCUUGCUCGUGCGAAUUAUCCACCCUAUGGCAUCGACUUCCCCGGUGGCCCAUCCGGACGCUUCUGCAAUGGCUUGACCACCGUCGAUAUCAUCGCUCAACUCUUGGGUUUUCAAGACUUCAUCCCACCGUUUGCCAAUGCAAGGGACCAGCAACUUCUCACUGGAGUCAACUUUGCAUCUGCUGCUGCUGGCAUCAGGGAUGAAACUGGACAACAAUUGGGUGGUCGUAUAAGCUUCAAUGGGCAGCUACAAAACUACAAGUCAGCAGUGCAGCAGCUAAUUAACAUCCUGGGAGAUGAAGACUCUACUGCAAAUUAUUUAAGCAAAUGUAUCUUCACAGUAGGAAUGGGCAGCAAUGAUUACCUCAAUAACUACUUCAUGCCAACAGUAUACUCAUCCAGUCGCCAGUAUACACCUGAACAAUAUGCACAAGUCCUCAUCGACCAGUAUUCUCAGCAACUCAGGACUUUGUAUGAUUAUGGAGCUCGGAAGGUGGCAUUGAUAGGAGUUGGUCAAAUUGGAUGCAGCCCAAAUGAACUGGCUCAAUCUAGCCCUGAUGGCACUGCUUGUGUUGAAAGGAUCAACUCUGCCAUUCAGCUAUUCAAUAACAAGUUGAUAGCUCUUGUUGACCAGUUCAAUCAAUUAGAUGGAGCACACUUCACCUACAUCAAUGCCUAUGAUAUGUUCCGUGAUAUACUUCGCAAUCCUUCAUCCUAUGGGUUUACAGUGACAAACAGGGGAUGUUGUGGAGUUGGGAGGAACAAUGGACAGAUAACAUGUUUGCCUUAUCAGACACCAUGUUCCAACAGGAAUGAAUAUAUAUUCUGGGAUGCAUACCAUCCAGCUGAAGCUGCAAAUGUUAUAAUUGGCAAACGAUCUUACAAUGCUAGAUCUUCAUAUGAUGCAUAUCCCGUCGACAUUCGUCGUCUCGCUAUGAUGUGAUCCUGUUUAUAUUGUUUUUCAUUCAUGCUGGAGUUUAAUUUUAAGGCUUGCUAGAAGUACUCAAAAUUUUCUUAUUUGAUUUUCAUAUAAGAAAUAUAUAUAGAGAGAGGGUGAUAUAUAUAUAUAUAUAUAUCUAUUAUUAAUUACUGUCAGUUUUAUCUUUGGGACUAAGGUUGUAUUUCAUUAUCAAGUUGAAGUGUGACAUUUUAAUUAGAUGAAAGCAAAGUAUGUGUCAAUGUUUCUCUAAUGCUCUUUGGUGCCAGCCAAUAAUGCUAUAAAAAUCCAAACUGCUUUGCAAGAGAUGGAAAGGGGACCAACAGCAGCUACUAAAGAUGGGAAAGAAAAGAGACACAGCAGACAUUGUUGUCUCUCAAUCAAUGUGAUUUGAAGUGUCAUGCAUUCAUGUCCCAUCAUUUAGAAUACGGUUGAUGGAAGAGCCAACUCCAUGACAUUGGAAUCAAUCCAUGGAAAUAUCAAACAAAAUGGAUUAUGUUGUUA